AUGUCCUGCUGUGUCCCCAGCUGCGGCGUGGCCACCCCGGCCCCUGUGGCUGACACCUGCAACGAGCCCUGCGUGCGGCAGUGCCCCGACUCCACGGUGGUCAUCCAGCCGCCGGCCUCGGUGGUCACCUUCCCCGGGCCCAUCCUCAGCUCCUUCCCGCAGCGGAGCGCCGUGGGCUCGGCCGGAGCUCCCUACGUCGGAGGCGGCUUCGGCGGCUCCUCCGGACGCCGUGGGGGCUCCGGCGGCUCCGGGGGCUUUGGGGGAUUCGGAGGUUCACGGAGGCUUCGGAGGUUUGGGGGCAGCUGCGGCGGCUCCAGAGGCUGCGGCCCUGCUAAGCCCCAGCGCCAUCCCUGA